UAGUUCAGGGUUAUAGUAUGGAUUUUUCUCCUUAGCAAAAAAGAAAGUCACAAGAUGGACUUGGACUUCCCACUCUCCUCCGCCUCCGACGACGAUGGCGGCGACACACCGACACCACCUGGCCGCGCCAUCUGCCACGCCGGCUGCGGGCGCCCGUCCCGCGUCUGCCUCUGCCCGCACAUGCCCCGCUCCCCGCUCCACACAUCCACCACCGUCGUCGUCCUCCACCACCCCCACGCCGUCCACCGCAACCCGCUCUCCACCCUUCCCCUCCUCGCCCGCUGCCUCGGCAACCUCCACCUCCUCCCCGGACGCCGCCUCCGCCCCUCCUCCACCCCGCUCAUCCCCUCUCCCUCCCUGAACCCCGUACUCCUCCUCUUCCCCUCACCCGCCGCCUCCGACCUCGCCUCCUGGUGUCGCUCCACGCCUCCCUCCGCACGCUCCAACCCCAUCCUCCUCAUCCUCGAUGGCACCUGGAAGCAGGCCAAGGAGAUGCACGCCGCCAGCCUCCCGUUCCUCUCCUCGUUCGUCAUCCCCGUCUCCCUGCCCGUAGACAGCGGCGUGGAAGGGGACAGCAUGUUCGAGUCGGAGCUCGUGGUGAAGAAGGAGCCGCAUAAGGGGUGCGUGAGCACAAUGGAGGCAGUCGCAAGGGCGCUGCGGCUGCUUGAGCCGGAGGGAAGCGGUGCGGAGAUCGAGGAGACGAUGGUUAGGGUUCUCAGGGCGAUGGUGGCCUUCCAGUCGGAGCAUCUGCAGCACCGUGCCAUGAAGCCGAGAGUGAAGCUGAGGAAGAAGAAAUAUAUCAAGAGGGAGGAGGAGAUGAAGAGGAAUACCUGAUUGUUGUGACUGAAUUUCUGCGGAUUUGCGUUCCUCUGUUGUUCAGAGGCCAUCACUGUCAAUCACCAAGCUUGUGCAAUGAAACUAGGAAACGUUGUUGCAGUCUGGAGGGGAAAGCUGGAGACAUCUGUGCUACGAAUCAAAUGUUUGAUUUGUUCAGUGAACGGCUGAAAGCUGUCAAAAGUCCAUCCUUGCUGCUAGAUUGAUCUGGUAUUUAUGUACUGCUGGAGUCUUAGGGCCUGUGGACACUGGACACCACCCUUUGUUUAGAUGUUAGCCUGUUAUAGACUGCUCGGCACUGGAUUUGUUUGCAAUAUGAUUCACAUUGUAACCUCCGACCCACUCUCGAUGACCUGUAGUUAAGAUGAGAUGGGCUGCUGCCCAUCAGAUUCAUCAUACUUA